UCCCUCUCAGCCGGCGGCGAGGCGAAGGGGGCUGCGUGUUUCCGGAAGACGUGGCUGUCGCCGCCGCCGCUUCUCCCCCUCAGUCCCCCCGCGCCCGCCGCCACCAUGAUCUCCCUCUCGGACAGCCAGAAGAUUGGAAUGGGACUAACAGGCUUUGGAGUGUUUUUCCUUUUCUUUGGAAUGAUACUCUUCUUUGACAAAGCUCUUUUGGCUAUUGGAAAUGUUUUAUUCGUGGCUGGCCUGUCUUUUGUUAUUGGUUUAGAAAGAACAUUUAGAUUCUUCUUUCAAAAACACAAAAUGAAAGCAACAGGUUUUUUCCUGGGUGGUGUGCUCAUAGUUCUUAUUGGUUGGCCUUUAAUAGGAAUGAUCCUUGAAAUUUAUGGGUUCUUCCUACUAUUCAGGGGGUUCUUUCCUGUGGUGGUUGGCUUUAUUAGAAGAGUUCCAGUUCUUGGAUAUCUCUUGAAUUUACCUGGUAUAAGCUCGCCUACGUAGGCUCAGAAGAGAAUCCACAGUAAUGCUUGUAGAUAAAGUUGGAGAAAGCAACAACAUGGUAUAAUGACAAGAGAGCAGAAGACUGAUUCUAAACUUACUGUAUUAUUUAUAAAAUCCUUUUGAAGAAUACUCAGCACAAAGAUUAAGUUGUGUACAAAGGAAAAGCUUGUUACAUUCUUUACAUAACAGUUUAAUUUAAAAUGUAUAGUCAACAAUAUACAUUAGACAAGAAGCUCAGCAAGUAUGCUUCUAGGAAAGUAACUCCAGAGUUCAGGAAGUAAACUGAAGAGGUGAAAGUCAUGGAAUAACCCAUGUUACAGCUGUUCAAGACUACUUUUUGUUGUUUUUGGAAAACACGCUAAAGGCAAUGAACCCUUGUGGAAUUAACGGUGCCUGUAAUUUACCUCCUUAUUUUGAAGGUGCAGUAGAGCAAACAGGCCUACGUUUUUAAGGGUGACCCAAACUUACCCAACCAUCUGGUUGCUAUCCUCAGAGGGGGGAAAAAAACCAAACCAACCAAACAGAAAGCUUCUUGUGUAACAAGAGAUGCAUCUUUGCAUGAAGGUUAAGAUGACUAUUCAUCUUUAGGUGUAUUAUGACAAAGAAAAAGGAAACCCUACACGGUUCUGUUGUAAACAUUUUUGUAAAUAUGUGGCUGAAAUAAAACAUUGUUAUCUUAAUGUUUCAAAGCCAAAUGUAAGUUGAUUGUAUUUGCCUUCCAUUUUGGAAUAUGCAAAAGGUCAAUCUUUAAUAACUUCAGUCUUAAAUUUGGGUUCUGAACAUGUAGAGCUCAACAGGGAACUCUGGAAAAUGACUUGCACUCCUUCCAGUUUGUUCUCCUCGAGUGAUGUUACCUGUGCAUCCAGAUGAGAAUGUAGCCCCUUGUCGCUAACAUGAAAACUUUGUGAAAUAUGCUUAGUUCACAAAAAAAAAAAAAUUGCAUUUGGUUAAGGUGCUGACAUGAACCCUGUGAAAUGUAUCUUAUCAAAAUUUGAACCUUUGUUUUUAAAUAGUUUGAAGCUAAGGUUUCUUUGUUUACUCUGGAACUACAAAUUGACUUUUAUUUUUUACAGUAAUAAAAUGAAAAAUUAAAGUUGUGUGUAUGUGAGUCUCUGGGGAGAACACGGAGCUAACGGGGCUAACUAAAGAUCAAGUGCCAAUCUCCAUAAAUUUUGUAUCUUGUUGCUUGGGUUGUCUUCAAAUAACUUAAAACUUCUGUCAGUUACAGCAACACCUUUGUUACAGAGAUUCUUAGCUAACCUGGAAUGAAUGUCCCCUACUAAUGCAAGGGUCCCAUUUCUCCUUCUAUUGGAAUGUUAAACAUUGUGCACUUUCAAUAGAUUUAGUUUUACAUAGUGUCCUCACCUAACAAAACAUGAUCAUUAAGGAAAUUGUACUUGUGCAGGUUUUGGGGGUUUCUAUUGCGUUUAACUUUCUUUUCCCUUAACUGUAACCCUAAAAAAAAAAUUACCAAAAUGCAAUGGUAGUAUUUCAAGUAGCUAUGUUGUCUUAAAUGUCUAAUGGAUGUUUUUUUGGUGUUUUUUUCUUUAUUACGCAGUUAAAAUUGGUAUUUUCCAAAAUAACUUUUAAGAAGAAUCCUCAUAUACCAGCCCAUUUGGAAAUUGCUAUGAAGUUUGUUUGUAUAAGACAUGUUUUAUUUUCAUUACAACUGUAUAAAUAGCCGCAAUCUACUAUUCCCAAUGUUUAAUUUGCUUCCUUCUCAAACCGACACAAAAUAAUUCAGUAAAAAAUGCCGUUAUAUUUGCAAUGAAGAGCAUCUGUUUAUUUUACAAACAAACAAAAAAAAUGGCUAUAUUUGCCUGAUGGCAUGUGUGUUAUAGUUUACAGAUGGGAGUAAAUAUGAUUUGUGGCUUCUACCUCAAGAGAUAAACCAAUUUUAACUGUUCGGGUAGAUCUGUUGUGUGUUAAAAUGACUUUAGACAAUAGCACUACAGCGGUUUAGCAGCCCAAUCUUGUUUGCUUUGGUUAGAACACUAGUCCCUGCUGUGGGAAUCAAGUACUGGCUAAGGCAGGCGGUGCUCAUGAUGUACAUUAGAAGUCACCUACCUGAAGAUUUUUGUCCUUGGCUUUUGAGAAGUAACGUGAUGGGAAAGGCGGACUGCGCCGGUGGCUCCGGAGCUCCGACUAGAAGCACGUUGCUUGGUAAGGUCGAGUACCUUCACCAACAAGAGAGCCCAUGAGAUCUUUCAGAGGUAACAAACGUAUUGCUUGUCUAUGAUCUUUUGGCCCUCUGAAACACUGGGGUGUAGGCAGUUCAUCUUGCUUCUAUUUAAUUCAUUGUUUUAAAUUGAAAGUCAGUUUGUCACAUGUGAACUGUUGUGAAAAGCAUCUGAGGGAACAAAAUUGUAUGUUGGAUUUAGCAUAGUCUUUAUCCAUCAAGGUAAUGUUGUCUUUGAGGCAGUUUUGCCAAGAUAAAUGUGGGUGGCAGCAAAGGUCAAUAUGACUUAGCCUUAAGGUGUUUCUAUUGUAAAAAUAUCUCUUAACAGAAACAUGCUUGGAACGUUUCCCCUUUUAAAUGUAAUUUAUAAUUGCUGCUUUAAAAAUCGUAAGGAUGGAUCUUAUUCUGAGCAAAAGAAUACUGUAAAUAUCCUUGUCAUACCUUGAAUAAAUGGGUACCUUUUUCUAUAA